UCCCAGUUAAAUGUGUGGUAUUGCCAUCAAAACAAUUUAAAAUGAGGAAUAAAGACCAUGAAAAGGCGGUUUCUAAUAUUGUGCAAUGUUUGGGCCUACCUCGAAAAGUUGAAAGUUUCUUUGGAAUAAUUAAAUAUCGAAUGAUCGAUGGUCAGUUAGUUGAACCUAAUAUAGCGAUGAAGAGCUAUGGGAUCUUGAUACCAGUUUUCAUAGUUUUUGGAUGGACUAUUAUCAUUUUGGACACAUGGUUUGAUAUACAACUGAACAUUUUUUUUAAUUCUCAUUUGGACUCUACCGACUACUUAGACAGACUGCCGAUGGUAGUUACAGUGGUGCAGAGUUGUUUGUCUCUAGUAGUGUUCCUUCGCAACAGUAAAAAUAAUAUAAAAAUAAUCAAUUCUUUCGCUUACACUGAUUGUCUGUUAAAACUUCACAACAACAGGGGCUUUCAUGAGAAAAUUCAGAAAACAAACCGAUUUGCAAUUUGUAUAUUUCUUUUAAUAUUGAUAUCAUCUAUAGUUCAGAAUAAUAUUGAAAACCAAUCGGCUAUAAUAUAUAACACAAUAGAAGCGUUGAUAGAUUUUAAAUUUCACUUCGAAACCCUGUCUUUUUAUUUUUAUUUAAAAAUGGUAUCCAGAAGAAUUGACGUUCUCAACAAACAUUUGGACCAUUUUGUAAAGAAGAGAGAUAAUAUCAGACCUAUAGUAAUCUCCAAAGAAAAUCUGGAGGUGAAUAAAGUGGGUGAUUACAUAGGACGUAUUAAUCAUCAAAACACGAAAAUUACAUCUUUAGCCUUUGCUUAUGAAACUUUAGGGGAAUCCUUAUUAUUACUGAAUAAUAUGUGUUCAACCAACAUUUUUUUGUACCUCGCCUCGAACUUCAUUAAUAUAAUCAUAUCAUUGUGGUCUUUUGUACAUUUUAUUCGAACUAAAAACCACUUAAGUUCCUUGCCGGGUAUAAUAUUCGAGAGUACAGUUGAAAUAAGUGUUGUCAUAAUUAUGUGCUACGUGUGUGAAGAAUUGACUAUGAAACGACGGUCCACAAGGAUUCUAGUCAACGAGAUCGUUAUGGACUAUAAGCUGCCAAAUGAGAUGAGAAUUCAAGCAAAAUCAUUUUUUGAUUUGAUAGAAGUUUGGCCAUUGCAGGUGUAUGCCAGCAGAAUGUUUUGUAUGAAUAUACAACUACUGCUUGGCUUUGUUAGCGUGUCGUCAACGUACCUAAUUUUUAUUAUUCAAGCCACCAAGUAGUUAUUGCUAUGAUUCAUUAAUGUACUUGGCUUGUAAAGAACUAAUUUGCAUAUUAAGCUAAAUAGGAUUGCUUGAUAUUUUUUUAAUAGAAAUGUCCUAAGAAAAAAUCAAAGUGAACCUUUUUAAUUUGAUUUUAAAUACACAGGUAUAUAGGCAGUAUGAUUCCAUAUCGUAAAUUAUUUUCAUCAGUUCUUGCCGAAAGCUCUUUGGAGUUUGGAGAAAGAUUAUGGAUUAUCAGAAAAUGAAAGCUGAAGGCACAGAGUACAGCGGUGUAGGAG